GUAUCCCUACAUCCGGUUUUGGUCGCCAUCUUGUGAAAUAGGCCUAUGUUCCCAUAUCUCUUUUUACCAUAAUUCGACCGGACCGGAACUCUUUAGUUUACCUAUAACUCCACGAGUACCGGAACUACUGAAUUAACAAAAAAAAGGGUUCUCUUUAUGAUUUAAGGAUUUCCAACUGACUGUUGUCUCUAUGACAACAUAGUUGUUUCAGCCACGAAACGGUAGCUAGCUGGUAAUCAAACGAUUUAACGUGCCAGUGAUAGCGUCUAAAUUGUAUUAUCUAGUCUACUACAAUAAACAAUUAAUUUAGCUAGCUUUUAGAGGUUCAGUUAGCAUGGUAGCCCAAUGGUAAACAGCAAUUAUUUGGUAAAAUACUACUUGGCUGUUUUCGUCAUGCUCUCCAUGCGAUAGCUAACAUUAGCAUCCGCUUGUUUAACAAGAUUCGUUGAUCUGACAUGAAUGAGCACACUGGUUAGCUAGCUAACUAACUUUGGUUGGUGGAAGAAGUGGCCAUGACAGUACUGUCAGUGUGGUCUCUCUCCAUCCCUCUACCAGCAGUGCUGAUUAUAGCAGUCAGUUUCUACUUGCUAAUGCUGCUGGUGGCGCUUUGGUGUCGACAUUGCCUUAAAGCCCAGUGCUCCCCUCAGUGCUGUGACUGCUGUGCUGACGUCAGCCCCUGUGAAUACUGCCUGGCGUGUGCGGAGUCAUGUGACUGCCGUCCGCCGUCCCUGCGCUCCUGUCUCAACCAGACCUGCCCCCCUCCCUCUUGCGCCAUGUGUGACUGCGCGUGCACCUGCCAGCCCCCCGACUGCGAGUCCGUCAACUGCCUGUGCUUCGAGAUCAAGUUCAGAUAGCGGUUAGCCUGGAGACCACGCAGAAGCACCUGAAACAGCACGUACAGACUGGCGCUAACUGCGCUUAAAUGAGCUCUGGACUCCUGAAACAGCAGGUACAGACUGGCGCUAACACUGCGCUUAAAUGAGCUCAGACUCCUGAAACAGCACGUACAGACUGGCGCUAACACUGCGCUUAAAUGAGCUCAGACUCCUGAAACAGCACGUACAGACUGGCGCUAACACUGCGCUUAAAUGAGCUCAGACUCCUGAAACAGCACGUACAGACUGGCGCUAACACUGCGCUUAAAUGAGCUCAGACUCCUGAAACAGCAUGUACAGACUGGCGCUAACACUGCGCUUAAAUGAGCUCAGACUCCUGAAACAGCACGUACAGACUGGCGCUAACACUGCGCUUAAAUGAGCUCAGACUCCUGAAACAGCACGUACAGACUGGCGCUAACACUGUGCUUAAAUGAGCUCAGACUCCUGAAACAGCAUGUACAGACUGGCGCUAACACUGCGCUUAAAUGAGCUCAGACUCCUGAAACAGCACGUACAGACUGGCGCUAACACUGCGCUUAAAUGAGCUCAGACUCCUGAAACAGCACGUACAGACUGGCGCUAACUCUGCGCUUAAAUGAGCUCAGACUCCUGAAACAGCAUGUACAGACUGGCGCUAACACUGCGCUUAAAUGAGCUCAGACUCCUGAAACAGCACGUACAGACUGGCGCUAACACUGCGCUUAAAUGAGCUCAUACUCCUGAAACAGCAUGUACAGACUGGCGCUAACACUGCGCUUAAAUGAGCUCAGACUCCUGAAACAGCACGUACAGACUGGCGCUAACUCUGCGCUUAAAUGAGCUCAGACUCCUGAAACAGCAUGUACAGACUGGUGCUAACACCGUGCUAACACUGCGCUUAAAUGAACUCUAGACUCCUGAAACAGCACCUACAGGCUGGCACAUCUGCACGUAAAUAGCAACACUGAUUGGUGACCCGAAAACAUUUUCUUGAUCCCUGUAAUCAAUAUUUGCAGUAACACAUUCGCCUCUUCUCGUCAAGCUGAAAAUGUCACAGAUGACUGCAGGAUAUGCCUCCUAUCUACACGAGAUCCACAACCUGCUUACUGCGUUAUGUGGAAGUGUAUCGCGCACGUGCCAGACCAGCUGAACAAAAGUAUAUCAUAGUUUCCCAAACAUUAAUGAUGCUUUAAUUCAGCGGUGUCAAACUUAAGUCCUGGAGGGCCGCGGGGUCUGCGGGUUUAACUCCAGUCCUGAAGGGCCGCAGUGUCUGCGGGUUUAACUCCAGUCCUGGAGAGCCGCAAUGUCUGUAGAUUUAACUCCAGUCCUGAAGGGCCGCAGUGUCUGCGGGUUUAACUCCAGUCCUGAAGGGCCGCAGUGUCUGCGGGUUUAACUCCAGUCCUGGUGGGCCGCGGUGUCUGUAGAUUUAACUCCAGUGCUGGUGGGUCGCGGUGUCUGUAAAUGUAACUCCAGUGCUGAGGGGCUGCAGUGUCUGUAGAUUUAACUCCAGUCCUAGAGGGCCGCAGCGCCUGCUGGCUUUUGGUGUGUUUCAGCACCAGUGAUUCGUUUAAGUCACUGGUUGGCUAAACUGUUCACACACCCCUUGUUCUCAAGGUUUUAAUUAGUUGCUGCACAUGCAGACACUGCAGUCCUCUCCAGGACUGGCGUUUGAGACCUCUGCCUUAAUUUGUCAGCAUGAAAUCUUAAUCGUUUACUUUGAAACAUUGCAGAUGCUCUCAAAGCACACUUCUGCAUGCACACAUUAAUUAAACUUGACAUGGCUUUGCAUUGUCAGCUGCAGUUUAUGGUUCAUCCUUCUGAAAUGCACAGUUUACAGGCACAUUUUUGUGAAUCAACAUGUCUGUUCACACAAUUCUGGCAGAAUUAGACUUUUAAAAACUCAUUCUGCAGGUAACUGUACAUAAGUGCCGUUCAAAAUGUACACCAGUGUCUCCCAGUGCUGUUUAUUAUUUUGUAAAUAUCUGCCGUUUUGACUAUUCUAAGGCAGUUGUUUUGACUGACAAACCUUUUCUUAUGAAUUGUUUUUAAAAUACUUGAACACAUGAGCUCAACAUGUGUUCAAGAAAUUACUGUACAACUGCUGGUCAUUAACAGCUGCUGUCCAUGGCCUUAAUAACUGUUUGAGAGCAGCCAUAACAUUUCUACAUAGUCAAUAGUUCUAGCUUUUUCCAAGUAUUUAGUUUAAAUCCAUUUUUAUGUUUAAAUUCGUGAUCUAUCUUUGAAUACCUUGUACAUAUUUUUUAUUCAAAUAAAAAAACAUUUUUUUUAAAUACACACUGAGCAUUUUUUUCUU